UUUAAUUGUAUUCCUUGUAGCAAUUUCAUUGCAGCAUGAACAUUGAUUUACUAAAAUUCCUACUUGUCAGCUCAGCCAUUUGAAAAGUCAGAGGGCAACAGUUGUCAUAGCUUGUUUGUUACAGGGCUUGGAACUUUUUUUGUUUCUGUCUUCACAUCCUUUUAACCACAGACUCAUCGGUACAGGAUCCAUCCCACACAGUUCUGUUUCCUGUGCAAGUAAAUUUCAGUAAUCACCAAGCUCUGUUUCCUUGUCAACAUGUGGCAUCAGUUUUUCUUGUUUUUUUUUUUAAACUCUGAAAAGUAAAGCUACUGGUUAUAUGCUGUAGAAAUACAUCUUUCUUUUUGAGUGGUGCGUAGUAUUGAACCUAGGGCUAGGAAAACACUCUCCAAUGAAUUAUACUCUCCAGCCCUUUUUCUGUGCUCUUGUUGAGAGGAGACUAACAGCAAAAGAAUGGUACAAAUUGCCCAAAGAAAAAUUACUAGAGGCAUGAAUCAAGCUUUUGGCUGAGAACUAGCCAGCAGCCAACCUGUAUUUGUGCGUGGUGUUGGUCCUGAGAGGGACUUGAUUGGCCUGGUGGGUGGCGCCCUACCUGGUGUACUGCUAACAUUGGAGCAGGUGACACAGCGUUUCCAUGUCCUUGUUGUCUGCAGCCCCUUCACCUUCCUUUCCAAGAUCAGCUUCAUAGAUAAAUACUGGCACCUGUAGGCUGACAACCUGAGAUAAGUGUUACCUAGCAGAGGUGACUGUGGAAGUUGUGACUAUUCAGAGAGUAGGCACAGAAUCAGAAAGUCAUUUAACAGAAGUUAGCAGGCGAAGCUCUCUUCCUCCCAUGUAUGAAUUUUUUAGUAAUAUUUAAGGGGAGGGGGUGGACCAGACACGUCUCUUCUAAGGGUAUUCAGAGUGGUGAGAGAGGAAGGAACUGGGCUGCUUCCUUUGGAAUUCUGCCCUUUUUUUUUUUCUUUAGGGAAAAUGUCCCAAAGAGCUACUGAUGACCAGGCACUUCUCUAUACUGACAGCUGUCUGUGAAAUGUUAAUGGAUUUCCUGGCAAAUAAAACAGGGCUGGACCCUUCUUUAAGCAUUACUUUGCUAGAUCUUUUUUUCCCAACUUUAAUUUGGAAAAAUCUGGGAGAGAGUUUAUAAAGGAAUUGGUGUGAUUAUUCAUAAGAAAUUUGCUUAUUGGUGACCACGUGGGCCACGUGGGUCACUGACUCCCCCUUCCCUAGGUACAGAGAUAAGGCAAGUCAUGUCUUGCUGGGGAGGGUGUGUACCAAAGAAACAGGAAGCUGUUUCAGCCGACUGGCCUGGCCUGCUUUGCCUGGAGCUUUCUAACCCAGAGUCAGGUGUGCUGAGGUCCUCCGCAGAGGACACUGCCCGUCUGAGCUGGCAGCACUCGCCCAGCAUAGGCAGGCGCUCCAGAGUAUCCUUAAUUGCUGUGCAGAGAGAACCAUGACUGCAUUACAGCUUAAGGAGCUGUCCCAGUCGGGCCUCUACCGGCGACGGCGAGAGCGACCUGACAGUCUACGAGUAAAUGGGCUCCCUGAGGAAGAGCUGAGCAACAUGGCCAAUGCCUUGGCCAGCGCCACGUGUGAGCGCUGCAAGGGAGGCUUUGCACCUGCCGAGAAGAUCGUGAACAGUAAUGGCGAGCUCUACCAUGAACAGUGCUUCGUGUGUGCCCAGUGCUUCCAGCAAUUCCCAGAAGGACUCUUCUAUGAGUUUGAAGGAAGGAAGUACUGUGAGCAUGAUUUCCAGAUGCUCUUUGCUCCCUGCUGCCACCAGUGUGGUGAAUUCAUCAUUGGUCGGGUUAUUAAAGCCAUGAACAACAGCUGGCAUCCUGAAUGCUUUCGAUGUGACCUCUGCCAGGAAGUGCUGGCAGACAUAGGGUUUGUCAAGAAUGCUGGCAGACACCUGUGUCGUCCAUGUCAUAAUCGUGAAAAGGCCAGAGGCCUUGGGAAAUACAUCUGUCAGAAAUGCCAUGCCAUCAUUGAUGAACAGCCUCUGAUCUUCAAGAAUGACCCUUACCAUCCAGACCACUUCAACUGUGCCAACUGCGGGAAGGAGCUAACUGCUGAUGCCCGGGAGCUGAAAGGGGAGCUGUACUGUCUGCCAUGUCAUGAUAAGAUGGGGGUCCCUAUCUGUGGUGCAUGUCGGAGGCCCAUUGAAGGGCGAGUAGUGAAUGCCAUGGGCAAGCAAUGGCAUGUGGAGCAUUUUGUUUGUGCAAAAUGUGAAAAGCCAUUUCUUGGACAUCGCCAUUAUGAGAGGAAGGGCCUGGCUUAUUGUGAAACUCACUAUAAUCAGCUCUUCGGUGAUGUCUGUUUCCACUGCAACCGUGUCAUAGAAGGGGACGUGGUCUCUGCCCUCAACAAGGCCUGGUGUGUGAGCUGCUUUGCCUGUUCCACCUGCAAUACCAAGUUAACACUCAAGGAUAAGUUUGUUGAAAUUGAUCUAAAGCCAGUCUGCAAAUACUGUUAUGAGAAAAUGCCAGAAGAGUUUAAGAGGCGGCUUGCCAAACGGGAGAGAGAAGCAAAGGAUAAGGACAAGCAGAGAAAGAGAAAGCCAGUGUGUCUGUAACGUUCUGUCCCUUCCAGGCCGUUCCCAUUGCUGCUCCUGUGGUCAGUCUUCGGGAUGCCUUUCUUUCUGCUUGUCUUUCUGUCCUUUUGUUUUUUGCAUGUUUUUGUGGCCAUCAGAGAUUGAAAUACUUGUCCUGGGUAGAGUUGGUUCCUUCACCUAUUACAAGUGUAAAACGUAAUGAGAUCAUACUGAACACUGGCUUCCAUGCACAUGCCUGCCUCAUCUGUGCUGUUUUCCCAAUGUUUCCUUAGAACAAAAGCUAUUUUGUGGGCAAAAGUUUAAAUAUUCCUGCUUUAGCCAGGCA